CCACAUAACAAUACCAAACAUAACAGAGCAAGAAACAGAGAAGCCAAGGCACACAGAGAGAGUCAACAGAGAUGGAGAAAAUUGAGCACACAACGGUAAGAACAAACGGCAUAAACAUGCACAUAGCGUCAAUCGGUACAGGCCCAGUUGUGCUCUUCCUACAUGGAUUCCCGGAGCUCUGGUACUCAUGGCGCCACCAGCUCCUUUCUCUCUCAUCCUUGGGCUACCGUUGCAUAGCCCCCGACCUCCGAGGGUUCGGUGACACCGACGCACCACCUUCCCCUGCCUCCUACUCGGCCCUGCACAUAGUUGGUGACCUCAUUGGCCUCCUUGACCAUCUGGGUAUUGACCAAGUCUUCUUGGUCGGCCAUGACUGGGGCGCCGUCAUUGCCUGGUGGUUCUGCUUGUUCAGGCCUGACCGGGUGAAGGCCUUGGUCAACAUGAGUGUGGCCUUCAGUCCCAGGAACCCAAAGAGAAAGCCUGUCGAUGGUUUCAGGGCCUUGUUUGGUGAUGAUUACUAUAUUUGCAGGUUCCAGGAACCUGGGGAGAUCGAAAAAGAAUUUGCUGGUUUUGAUGCUGCAUCAAUAAUGAAAAAGUUUCUUACUGGUCGUAGUCCAAAACCUCCAUGCCUACCUAAAGAACUAGGAUUAAGAGCUUGGAAAACUCCAGAAACCUUGCCCCCUUGGCUGUUAGAAGAGGACGUUAAUUAUUUUGCCAGCAAAUUCAGCAAGACGGGGUUUGUUGGUGGAUUGAACUAUUAUCGAGCUUUGAACUUAACCUGGGAGCUUACAGGACCAUGGACAGGGCUACAGAUCAAAGUACCGGUCAAGUUUAUUGUGGGCGACCUGGACAUCACCUAUCAUAUCCCAGGCAUGAAGGAGUAUAUACAUAAUGGAGGCUUCAAAAGAGAUGUGCCAUUUUUGCAAGAGGUGGUUGUGAUUGAAGAUGGAGCUCACUUUAUUAACCAAGAAAAGCCCCACGAAAUCAGUCAGCACGUAUAUGACUUCAUCCAUAAGUUCUGAUUUUUGUUAGCCCACUAUGUUUGUUUCGCAGUUGCUACUUCAAUAAGUUUGGCUGCAGUUGCUACUUCAAUAAGUUUGGCUACAGACAUACCGUGUUCGUGUUGAAUCUAGUUUGAGAUUUUCGUCCUUAAGGUUUGCUUAUGUAAUAAUAAAAUGCAGAGCUUGUUCUAUCUUUUGAUCAUCGUGAUUAUGCUGCAAGCCUCAUUUUGUUUUAUGUAAUAAUUCUAUGAACAAGUCAUGUAACAAUUCUAGUAAUAAGUCAAAAGCGAGGCUUAUUUAUUAGCCCUUACAAAUUACAA